AGCGAGCUAUCGUCCCGCCAGGUGAGGGAAGGAACGCCCGCCCGCUCACCUCCGAAGAGGCGGGGCGCGGCUCUCGAUUACCCGCAGGGGCGGUGCUGGCCGAUCACCUGGGCCGAGGCGGAACUGAAGGGUCCGGUCACUGCCCGGAGAACCUGUAACUAAGACUCACCUGUGCGGGGGCCGGAGGCUGGGCCGGGGCCAGAACUCACUUGAGCCGGUGGAAACCCGCCGCGGGUUCGCCCAGCGAGGAGGGGGAGGCGCCCCCUGCCGACCCCAUCCGAGCGCCCCUCCGUGGGUCCGCGCGGCCGCCAUGACCUGGAGCGCCACCGCCCGGGGCGCCCACCAGCCCGACAACACCGCGUUCACUCAGCAGCGCCUCCCCGCCUGGCAGCCGCUGCUGUCAGCCAGCAUCACGCUGCCGCUCUUCUUCUGCGCCGGCCUCGCCUUCAUCGGCCUGGGCCUGGGCCUCUACUACUCCUCCAACGGCAUCAAGGAGCUCGAGUACGACUACACCGACGACCUGGGCACCGGCGACUGCUCGGUGUGCGCCGCCAUGGGCCAGGGCCGCGCGCCGCCGCCCCGCUGCCCGUGCACCUGGUACUUCUCGCUGCCCGAGCUCUUCCGGGGCCCCGUGUUCCUCUACUACGAGCUGACCAACUUCUACCAGAACAACCGGCGCUACGGCGUGUCCCGCGACGACGCGCAGCUGAGCGGGCUGCAGAGCGCGCUGCGCCACCCGGUCAACGAGUGCUACCCCUACCAGUACAGCGCGGCUGGCCUGCCCAUCGCGCCCUGCGGCGCCAUCGCCAACAGCCUCUUCAACGACUCCUUCUCGCUGUGGCACCAGCGCCUGCCCGGCGGGCCCUACGUCGAGGUGCCGCUCGACCGCACCGGCAUCGCCUGGUGGACCGACUACCACGUCAAGUUCCGCAACCCGCCGCUGGUGAACGGCAGCCUGGCGUUGGCCUUCCAGGGCACCGCGCCCCCGCCCAGCUGGCACCGGCCGGUCUACGAGCUCAGCCGAGACCCGAACAACACCGGCUUCAUCAACCAGGACUUCGUGGUAUGGAUGCGCACGGCGGCGCUGCCCACGUUCCGCAAGCUGUACGCGCGCAUCCGCCAGGGCAACUACUCGGCCGGGCUGCCGCGGGGCACCUACCGCGUCAACAUCACCUACAACUACCCGGUGCGCGCCUUCGGCGGCCACAAGCUCGUCAUCUUCAGCAGCAUCUCGUGGAUGGGCGGCAAGAAUCCGUUCCUGGGCAUCGCCUACUUGGUGGUCGGCUCCCUCUGCAUCCUCAUGGGCUUUGUCAUGCUGGUCAUCUACAUUCGCUACCAGGACCAGAACGACGAAGACGAGGACGACGAGUAAUUCCUGCUUUCAGAGUACCCUUUCUGCUUCUUGCCAAAACGCUCUUGCAAGCUUCUUUUGGUUCCUCCCUCCCGACUGUCACCCAGU